GAAAUAACAAAAAAUUGUAUGUGUUUGGUAUACUAUAACAAAUAUUGUUCUCCUUCCGCGAUUUCCACACCGUGCAGUAUAUUAUAAAUUAUAAUGACGCAUCAUUGCACGAAUUAACACGUUUUUCGAUUUUAUGACAAUAGUAGGUUAUCUUUCGUAUGGUUGGGAUUUUUAUCUCUCAUUCGAGUGAGCUACUUAACGGAGUAUACUUACUAGCUUUUCGCAGUUAAAUCGUUCGCCGUCACAAUACAUAUAGUUACCUACGCAGCAUUCGCGGAGGUCAAAUUAUUACAUUUUAUUAGGUUUAUUAUAUUAUUGUGUUUAGUAAAAUAAUACAAUAUUACAUUUUACGAAGUUCUUUUUUAAUAUAUAUAACGUCAUUCUUUUCUUCUUUUUAAUCGAAAAUACAUUAAAUUCUAAUUAAUUAAUUUUUUAAUUUGAUAAAUACAGCGUGCGUAUUAUAAAAUAACUCUAAGUUCCUGAGCUCUAGUACAACGUGGAUGGCAUAGCCGACGAUUUGUUUUCUCGACAACCGCGGGCUAGAAUUCAAAGAGCCUCCGAAAAAAACAUGUCGAUGAAAGUCAACAGCUAAAAAUAGACCACUUAAGAACAGAAAAAAUGGAUCAAAAUUCCUAUAGUCCAAACAAGAAGAAACCCCUCGAGAAGAGAUCGUGUACGGAUUGCUUGUGCUUCCUCGGUUUCGGCGUGUUCAUAGCCUGCUGGUUGGGGUUGGCCAGCUAUGCUUAUCAAAAUUCGGACCAAGAGCUGUUCAUUUCACCGUCGGAUUCGAACGGUCAAGUGUGCGGUCGAAAUAAGAACGUGUCUGAUAAAUCGUACCUGUUCUUCUUUGACAUAACCGAAUGCACUUCACCAAUGAUUUUCGUCCACGGAUGCCAAACUCCUCAGGUAUGCGUGGAAAAUUGUCCAAACACGGAUUGGUCCGUCAAAGAAGUGUUGGACUCUAAAGACCCUCAAGUCGACUGGCCGGCCAUACAGAAGACCCUGAUAUGCGUUUCUCCCGAUCUCAACAAAUUGGUCAAUUCGAUGGAAGUGCUGAAAAACUUUACAUCGUCCAACCUAUGUGCCAAAUAUUUUACUAAGAGCGAAACCCUAUUUAAUUAUUGCAUUCCUACGCUGAGUGGUGACCUGGAGAGUCUGAAACAAAUUCUGAGUUCCAACAAUAUCGCGAUGAGCAGCUUUAUCGACGGAACCGCUAUGGUUGAUUGGUUGAAAAUGUCGAAAGAAGCCAGUCAACAUAUAAAAGAAGAUUUGGAAAAAAGCUACCAACACAUUAUUGUUGGUUUGGUCAUUGCUAUCUUCUUCAGCCUUACCUACAUCCUGCUGCUCAGGUGGUUCAGUUGGUUAAUGGUUUGGAUGUCAAUGUGGGCCAUCGUGGGCUUAUUAGCUUUUGGUAGUUACGAAUCGUAUGUGAAGUACGUGUCUUUCGGCGAUUCCGAUACCGAUACUUCGUUGAACGAAGACGGAGAGCCGACCGACAUUGCCACGGGCGGCGGCCGACAGAGCUGGACCAACUACGCAAACUCCAAACUAAACAAAAAGUCCACCUGGUUGGUGUUCACCGUCGUGUCAACCGUCGCGCUGGUCGUGUUGCUGUUGAUAAUCGUGUUCUUGCGCAAACGGAUACGGCUGUCCAUAGCGCUUAUCGUGGAAGGAAGUCGAGCGAUACUCGAGAUAAAAACAUCACUGGCGUUCCCGGUGUUCCAGUGGCUUUUGUACUUGGUGGUGCUGAUUUGGUUUUUCAUCGUUGCCAUUUAUCUGUCGUCCAUGAAACUGUACGUGUUCAAAGUCAAAGGCCUCGCCAACGACCACAACUGUGUUUGCAACAACAGUUACUACAAGGACGGUGACUGGUGUACAGAGUCCAAAUGGGAACGGUACUGCAGCGCCUUAGGCCAGAACAAAACCAUGUGCAGACUGGCCAAAUGCGCGUACGACCACACUGUGUCGCAGGACUUCAUCACCGGACUUCAGUUGUUCAACGUGUUCGGAAUGUUGUGGCUUAUGAACUUUGUGUCUGCCUUCUCUCAAAUGGUGCUGGCCAUCACGUUCACCUCGUGGUACUGGACGUUCCACAAGAAGGACGUACCGUUCUUCUCGCUUACGAGUUCCUUCUACAAAACAAUCAGAUAUCACUUGGGAACGGUCGCUUAUGGGUCUCUGAUCAUCGCCAUCUGCAACUUUAUACGCGUGAUACUCGAGUGGGUGGAAACCAAACUGAAGAAGUACGACAAUUCGUUCACCCGAGCCAUAUUCACGUGUAUGCGAUGCUUCUUUUGGCUGCUGAACAAGUUCUUGCGAUUCGUCAAUCGGAACGCGUACAUCAUGUGUGCUAUGUACGGGAAGAACUUUUGCACUUCAGCCAAACAGGCAUUUGACCUGCUGUUGAGGAACGUGUUACGCCUAGUGGUCCUCGACAAGGUGACUGAUUUCAUAUUUUUCGUGGGCAAGAUCGUCAUCAUGGGCGCCACAAUCGCGGCAUUUUACUUCGAGUUCUACGAACCGAUAGAGCCAAUCAAAAAGUUCGAGUUCUUCAAUCAGCCCGUCCUCAAUCAGAAGUGGUUACCGAUGUUCAUCGUGGCCGCCGGCUCCUGGGUCAUAUCUUCCACGUUCUUCCACGUGUACUCCAUCGCUGUCGACACACUGUUCCUAUGCUUUUUGGAAGACUCCGAACGAAACGACGGAUCGAGUGAUCGUCCUUACUUCAUGUCGCGGAAGCUGAUGAACGUUCUGGGAACCAGGAACGUGCUGUAACUUCCAAUACGUCGACAAAACGACAUGAUUUAAAAUAUAUUAAAAAUACGUCAUAUUAUAUUAUAUUGUACAUGCGAUAAUAUUAAACAUAAACGAUAAACCUAUAUAUUGGUGCUGCCCACCGCCGACGCCACCACGUGUGUUCGUGAAAAAAAAUAUACAAUGAAUAUUCGACAAAUGUAAAAAUAAUAUAAUAUUCUAUAGCUACGUAUAUUAAUAAUAAUAUGUUGUAUACCGGUUCCUCAUCACCCUCCUCCACCCUGAUGUUAUAAUUGUAAACGACUAUUUAUUCAUUAAUUUGUAAUGUCAUUGUAAUAUAAUAAUAAACUAUACAGGAUGAUUUUUUUUAUCGUGGACCAGGCUGUAAUAUACCUCAAGAAAUACAGCUAAAUUUUUAACAUUCAACAACCUACUAUUUUACAUUUUUCUAUACCUAUUAUAUUAUCAGUAAUAUUCUGUUGUUGAGAUUAAAAAAUCCUUGUAUUUUCUAACAUAUUGCCAGGUGGCUAUCAUGAUAUAAAAUCGCCCUGUCGUAGGUAGCGUAUUGCUUUUCACAUUGUUAUACCGUAAAUAAUUUUAAUUUUAUACCUCACAAAACAUAUUGGCCUAUGAGGUGAUAAUAUUGUAUCCUAUUCAUAUUUAACCUCAGUCGUGGUACAACUAGAAAAUAAUUUCGGGGGAAAAGGGCUCCAAAAACGAUAAGUCGUCACGAAUGUAGUGAUUAUGUUUAACCUACCUACCAAUUUAACUAUUAUUAAAUCAUUUAUAUAACGAUCCCUCAACCCCUCUAGUGGGGUUGCUCUAUUCAUGCCUUGAUACAACUGAAGUAGUAGGUGUAUAAUAUAUUAUUGUAGUUUCUCCAACAGCAGUCAUUAAAGGCCGCGGAUUUUAAUACAAAAUGUCAAGUUAUCCGGUUAAGGACUAGUCUCAGUAGGUGAUAUAUAUCGUUAUUUACGAUAACAUCAAUUAUACUUACAUUUUAUCUGAAGUUCGAUAUACAGACUUAAAAUUAAAAUGCAUAACAUAGUAUUAUAUUAUUGUAUUACUCUAUUUUUUUGUUAAACUUUUAUACGUUUUCAUAUAAUAUGUUUGCUAAUAAAUGAACAAUGUCGUUAAAAUUUGCUACCCCCAACCCACGUGAUAAUAUAUAUUAGAAUACUUUUAUACGAAUUAUAUGACGAGCUUAUUUAUAAUAUAUAUAUUUUAUUUAUUAUAAUGUACGCGCGCUUGGUAAUUAAAAAAAAAAAAAUGUUUUAAGGCUGUUAUUUUGUAGUGUACCAUAAUCUAUAUUAUAAUUAUUAAUUAUACAUUAUAAACACAAUAAAAACUAUAAAAUUGAUAUUA